AAUCCAACAGCCGAUGCCAGUGAUGACAAGGGUAUUGAAAGAAAACCCUGCAAGGGAGACCAUGAGACGACCAAGAAACAAACGGUUCACGUAGAAAAAACCAGCAGCGGCAGUAAAUCCCAUAGCAGAAUCCAAUCCACUUCUCGCAGCCACUACGAGAAGACUCCAGAUCACAUAAAAUCUGAUUCGGAAUCUAAUACUCGUUUCGAAAAUGAGAACAGUGGUUACAAUGAACAUAUAAAGGCAAAUUCUACUAAAACUGACACUGGAAGUCACGGCAAAGACCAUACAAAGAAGACUUCUUCUAAUGCCGCUCAUGUAGAGAAGACUAGUGGUGCUUAUAAUCAAGAAACUAAAGGAAACUAUUCAUCUAACAGCAAUUAUGAAAAGAAGAAUGAUUAUGAGCAUUCAGAUUACUCUUCUAAUGGCAAUAUUGAACAGAAGAAUAGUGAACACAAUGAUCAGACUAAAAUAGAUUCGUCUGCAAAUCAGACUUACGAGAAAAAGAAGGGUUAUGAGCAUAGCGAUACUUCUUGUGAUACUAACGUUGAACAGAAGAACGAAGAGAAGAACAGUGAAACUAAAAUAAAAGAUUCUUAUAACAGUCAUUACGAAAAGGACGGAGAUAAGGUAAACGUCGAUGCUUGUUCCAAUACCAAUAUUGAGCAAGAGAACACUGAAAAUGAAAAUGAAACUAAAGUACGGGACUCUUCAAAAACUCAUAAUGAAAAGAGUAAAGACUACGAACACAGGGAUGAAUCUUACAAUACCAAUGUAGAGGAAAAGAACAAAGAGAAGAAAGAUGAGACAAAUAUAAACCAAUCUUCUAACGUUCAAUACGAAAAGGACAAAGAUUGUGAACAUACAGAUUCGAAUUACCACACAAAUAUUCAACAAAAGAACAGUGAAAGACAGGAUGAAACGACAGUGAAUGAUUCGGGUUUUAAGCAUUAUGAGAAAAGAAAAGGCCAUGAACAUAGACAUUCUUCUUCCAAAACCGACAUAGAACAAAAUAACAGACAAUACGAAGACGAAACGAAUAUAGACGUUACAGGAACCGACCACUAUGAAAAUAACAAUGGUAAUGAACGUCAAGAAUCUUACUUCAAUACAGAUAUUGAUCAAGAAAAUAAUGAAAAUGAGGAUCAUGCAAAAGUAAGCUAUUCUUCUGAAAACACUGACAAAAAACACAAACGAGGAUGUCGUCAUCACAAAAAACUAUAUGGUGAUACCGAACAAGAUAAAAAUACCAGCGCAGACAAUCACGGAGACUUCUCUGCUGAAUUUAAAUCUAAAAGCUCAGAUGAAAGCAGUAGCAGUGAUGAAUAUGAUGAAACUAGUGAACAAGGAAAUGACACCAACGAAAAGGAUCAAAAGAAGCACCACAACAAUAAGGGCAACAGUCCUGGAGACAAAGAUAAUGAAUCCAAUAAUCAACCAAAGGGCAAC